AUGAGUCUGUAUACAAGUACAGAAAAGACAGGAUCAUUCAUUGUUGAUGCGGGGAUCUCAUACAUUAAUGGGGAUCCGUUGGGCAGCGAGAGCACUACAGAGAGUCAUGGGUCACAGGACCUGCAGAUCUCCAUCUCUGUGGAGGGGAGCCAAUUGAGUGUGCAGGACACCGUGCGAAUCAAUUCCACUUCUGUGGAGGUUGAAUUCUCCCUCCAUGACAUCCCUGCUCGCUUCGAGGCAUACAAUGUAACUCUGAAAGCGACUCAGUCCGGGUCCAAGCAUGUCUACACCGCUACAACAUCGUUAUACCAUCUCCCACAGCGAACCGACGGUGGCAGUAUGACAAAAGUCGAUAGUCUAUACGGCGGACUAUUAGUACAAAGCGACAGCACCAGCACCUCAAACUCAUGGAGCUCAUUACUUCCAUACUCAUACUAUGUUAGCUGGGACGGCUGGCUAGAAUUAUCCAUCGACAAUGUCCAGAAAUUCAAAGACGACGGCUACAACAUCAUCCACCUUGUUCCAAACGACGGGCUCGCGAACCAAGCCUUCAAUUUCACGGAACUGAGCUUCUUCCUUGACAAAAUGGACGAAAUGGGUCUCUGGCUUAUGUACGAUAUGCGAUGGACGUAUAAGAACCUAACCGCUGUCCGUGAACAAGUCGAGCUUCUUAAGGAUCGGAAGAGUUUAUUACUCUGGUAUACAGGUGACGAACCAGAUGGACAGAGUGAUCCACUUAACGCUACAAAAAUCACAUACGACCUUAUCAAAUCGGUUGAUCCUUAUCAUCCUGUUUCGCUUUGUCUGAAUUGCUAUAACUUCUAUUUCGAGGAGUACUCCUCCGGCGCUGAUAUCAUUCUCUCGGAUGUUUACCCUAUUGCUGUGAAUACAAGUUGGUCAACUGUUUAUGAGACACCUUGUAAUACGACAUAUGGAUGCUGUGGCUGUGAUGAUUGUGAAGGAACGGUUGAGGAUAUCUCGGUACGACUGGAUCGGUUUGCGGAGUAUCAGGAUUGGUUAGGAGUGUCUCCGAAGACGUUCUGGGGUGUGCCGAUGGCAUUUGGGAAUGAGACAUUCUGGACAAGGUAUCCGACAGCGGAAGAAGAAGUCACGAUGACGAUGUUGAGUUUGAAUCAUAAUGCUAAGGGAAUCGUUAUGUGGGAUUGGCCGACAAGUACGGAAUUGGCGAAUGUGACGGGUGCGUUGAGUCGCGUGCUUGCGGGUGAUGAAGCUGCAAGAUUUAUAUUGGGUGCUUCGACGACUGCGUUGCAGGUUAGUGGACAUUCGAAGAUGGAUGUCGCGGGGUGGAAGGUUGGGGAUUAUAUGCUGGUUAGUAUCUUGUCUUUACAGACGCCAGCUUGGUCUUCGUCUGUUACUGUGCAGUUGCCGGUGGGAGCCAAGUCUAUUAAGCAAGUGCUUUGGGGUGCUGGGGAAUGGAAGUUGGUUAAUGGGCACUUGCAAAAGAUUGGUGGAGAUGGAUUAGAGACUGAUCUGGUGGUGCUUGAGUUUGAAUAA